AUGGUGGACAACAGACAGCCCAGUCUCUGGGUAGCGGAAUGGCUUCCGUUCGUAAUCGCGACCGUCUUCAUUGGACUCCGCCUUAUGAGCCGCAAGAUCACGAGAGUGGGAUUAUGGUGGGAUGACUACGCUGCAAUUGCCUGCUACGUUUGCGCCAUUAUUUGGGCUGUUCAAACACCGAUAUGGAUUCUCAACGGCCUUGGAAAGCACGCGACCGACAUCGACAGAGACAUCAUUAAAACGAAUUCGACUAUGAUGCACCAGCUUUACGCCAUUGAACAAACAUAUACCUUCGUCGUUUACCUUGCCAAAGUUUCACUUUUGUUCUUCUACUGGCGCAUGUUUCGAAUCACAAACAUCAAGAUCGCCGUAUACUCGUUGCUUACAUUAUCGACCCUUUGGCUCAUCGCUCGACUCAUCGUCGGCACGAUUCAAUGUCUACCCGUCGAAGCAUUCUGGCAACUUGAGAUGAGACCAACGGCCAAUUGCCUCGUCGAGACGCCCAAGUAUGUAUUUGGCAGUAUCAUUUCUCACAUCCUCAUCGAUGUCCUCGCUAUUAUUCUGCCUACGAUACAAAUCAAGAGGCUCCAGUUGCCCAAGGUCCAGAAGUUUGGAGUUCUUUUAAUGUUGCUGUUUGGUACACUGGUGUGUGUCAUCGGUCUAGUUGUCGCUAUUGCUGGUGCAAAUAUCGCUGCCGACUCAGUUGAUCUUUCAUGGGAUCUUGUCGAUACCGUGAUCUGGGGAACCGUCGAGAUCAACAUGCUUACUGUCUCCACUUGCCUCCCAACGAUUCGACCCGCCUGCCUCUCAAUCGGCUCACGCCUCGGUAUCGCGACCACCAGCACCGUCAGCGCCAACAGUUUCGGCCAAAGCCACUCCCGCCCGAUCCCGAACCAAUCAAUCCGUCUCUCGACAAAACCCAAGGAUGACCAUAAGGACGAAACCAGCUCUACAUAUGAGCUUGCUACUCGCAUGGAACACAACGGAGGCUCGAUAUCUGACUACGAGAGUCAUGGACGAGGCAACCAUACGGUGGUGUCGCGUGCUACUGUAGAGGACCAGGACAGUUAUCCUAUCCAGUCACCACCUUCCCGGGGAAUAUUUGUUAAGAACGAGACUUUUGUUACGUACAAAAAUUAG